AGAGAUAAGGAGCUAUUACACACUAUUACACACUGAUCCUCUCACUGUCCACAUAGCAUGGGGGAUGCAGCGCUGCAGAACACGCCAAUAAAUCACAGGAUACGCUGCCCUCCCCGCUUCAUUCUCCUUAAUGAGGGAACUAUUCCCUGCCAUGGCUUAAAGUCAGUCAAUGGGGAGAGAGGCAUUUGUAGCUGAGGCACCAUGGAGGGGACACAGGCAGGGUGGCAGGUCUGUGCCCCAGCACUGCCAACCCCUACGCAGGGCACGGUGGACCAGAGACUGGACGGAGAGAAGCGCCAGCAGCCGCCCAGCAGGAGACACAAGGUUAUCAGGAGUCAGCCUGUUUCGUCGGUCAGUAAAAGCAGCAAGCCGAGCGACGUGAAACAAUCACCAGCAAACAACGCCCGGGAGAGGCACAGAGUCCGCAACCUGCGCCAAGCCUUCCUGUCCCUGCAGGCCGCUCUGCCCUCCGUCCCCCCUGACACCAAACUAUCCAAGCUGGACGUCCUGGUCCUGGCCACCAGCUAUAUCGCCCACCUCACCCACACCCUGGACCAGGGGAGACACUUACCUGGCACCUGCCAGAUGGGGAGAGGCCCAGGCUACCUGCACCCCAUGAAGAAAUGGCCGAUGAGGGCCCGCCUGUAUGCCGAAGCGCUGGAAUGUGAUUUAUCAGCCGGAUGCCCUUCGCACAAGAACUAGAUGGAGUGGAAUAUUAAGCCUGAAUGGAGGAGAUGCAGGACAAUGUGGUAGAGACUCUGGUCACAGCUGGUCUUCGUCUAAUGAAGGAACUUAUAUUUAAUGUGCCGCUUGGGAGCAACUAUAGUUGGCUGAUGCAGUUUUCCCAGUAACGUAACCCAGGGUCACUGAGAAAAGAAAGAUGAGUAGACGUAGACUUGUAUUUCCUUUGGGUAAAACACCACCAAGGAUUAAGGGGCCUUUGCAUCAUGAGUGCCCCAAUAGCGGCAAUAAUGCCUUUUCUUUAUCGUUGCAAAAAUCAAGUAUUGCUGUAAUCUAUCAUACAAUAUCGUUGAGGCCAGGAUCAGUACGUGCCAAUAUAUCGCUUCCCCGGGCCAGCUGCCAUAACGUCGCCCAUACGCUGGGCCACAGCGUCAGAUUUGGGCUUUCAGUUCCACUGAAUGAAUAAAUAUUAUAGGUUAGAAAAAGGUAAAAUAUAUUUUAAAAUAUUUUUUUUUUAAAAACAUCUAUGCAAUAAAAAAAUUGCUGUAUUCAGAAAUUAUCCGUAUAAGUAUAUUUGUUAUGUUUCUGCUUUCCUGACAUAGCAGUUAUACGAUAGGUGAAAGCCGGUGACUCGCCAUAUAUUGGGCAAAUUAAAGAGAGCGGGACUAGAUUUACUGUACAACUGUUUGCCGAAGUUGCAGAUGAUCGGUGGCUGUGACCGAUGGAUUUAAAGCGGCAACUAAAAUAAAUACUAGACCGGCAUGGUUUAAUAUUGAGUAAGGUUGCAGUUUUAAAAUCAUUGGUCAAAAUUGGCAAUGGAAAUUUGUUUUGGAAAUUUAUGAAAUCUAUCCCCCCCACCCUUACAAUCCCACCUUGUUACAUGUUUGUUUGUUUUUUUAACACACUUCUAAUCUAAUUGUUCUGCAUUGGCAGGCUAUAAGAAUAAUGUUGGUAUUUACCAUUU